AUGGCGAAUAUAAUGAUUCCGAGCAAGAGACCGCGAGCCCCAAGCUUCUCUGAGAAGCAUCCAAAGUACGUAGGUUCUUCGGAUUGGUUGCCGGCAGAGAAAGACAAGGCUCAAGUUCAGCUCACUAACUUCCUUGAGCUAUGUCGUUUCUGCAAGAAGAAUCUACGUCAUGACGAGGACGUUUUCAUGUACGGAUACUUGGGGGCAUUCUGUUCAAAACAAUGCAGAGCAAAACAGAUGGCAUGCGACGUCUUUAGAGAUUUCUCGAGACAGAAAGCAAAUUGUAGAUGGAUGUGUGCAACUAUUAAGCCUUUUGCCUCGUUUUUUAAGGGGAAUUGGCUUACUACUCUCACAAGUUUGCAUCGGCAUAUUAUUAUCUGUCGAUCAAACUUUCUCUUUGGUUAUUUGGGAUUCUCCUUUUUUAGUCUUCUUUGCAUAACCAAUUUGAUGUACAAGUGUGUUUUCUAA